AUGCGUGCAAGAAACGUUCCACUGAGCGGUGCAGUAGUCCAGCAAAAGGCGAAAGUGCGCAGCAGCAAAGCAAAGUGCGAAGAUUUCAAAGCGAGCGCAGGAUGGCUGCAGCGCUUUAAGGGCAGACACUGCAUAGUCGGCAAAGUCAUUGCCGGCGAAGGUGCAUCAGCCGACUUCAGUGGAGCCAAUUCAUGGCUUGAGGACAAAUUGCUGCACAUCUUGGCCCGGUAUGAAAGCAGGGACAUUUACAACGCAGACGAAACUGGGCUUUUCUUUAAAAUGCUACUGAAUAGGACGCUGACUAUCAAAGGUGACAGCUGUGUGGGAGGCAAACAGAGCAAGCAACGUCUGACAGUCCUGUUGUGCGUGAACAUGGAUGGAUCGGACAAACGCGUCCCUCUCGUGAUUGGGAAGAGCAAAAGACCACACAGUUUCAAGGAUGCCAAACGACUACCCGUGCAGUAUGUUUCCAACUCAAAAGCCUGGAUGACCAGGGCACUCUUCUCAGACUGGCUUCGUGAGCUGGACCGCGAUAUGAAGCGGACUGGACGGAAGAUAUGUCUUCUAUUGGAUAACUGCUCAGCACACCAUGUAGAAGGUACCAAGCUCGACAACGUGGAACUGCAGUUCUUUCCUGCGAACUGCACUUCAAAAAUUCAGCCCUUGGAUCAAGGCAUAAUUCACAGCGUCAAGUGCGCGUACAGACACCGUCAGAUCGAGCGGCUGUUGUUCAACUUACACCAGAAGAGGGACUUCAAAGUUGAGGUGCUUCAAGCUGUACAAAUGCUGUCGGCAGCUUGGCAGGCAACGAAGGUUGAGGUUAUUGUCAACUGCUUUCGGAAGGCAGGAAUUCACCGACAGGAAGACCGCUCAUGCAGCGACGGUGUUGGAGCCGCCGUUGACAGUGAUGAGGUCCUGCCACCGGCCCUGGUGUCUGCCUGGAGAUCUUUGUGCACGGAGAAAGACAUCGUACCUGAGGACGUCACGCUUGAACAUUUUAUUCGUGGAGACGACAGUGUGACCGCAACAGAAGAGUUCACAGAUGCAGCCAUCAUCGAAAGUGUCCGCGGGAAUGCAGACAGUGAUAACGAUGAUGACGAUACGGACCCGCCAUUACCGACUACGAGUGAAGUUAUGGACGCUUUAGACGUUCUUCGCCGAUAUGCUUGUUGUACGGAGAGCAAUGAACGAGCGGUGAAUGCGAUAUGGGUGUACAAUCCGUUAUGCCGUCUCUCAUACGGUUGUCCCAGGCGAAGUUAA